UCACUUUCAGGCGAGAGGGGUUGGGCUCUGGCGCGGCCGCAAGGCAAAGCGGACAGGUAGGCUUGGAAAGGGAGGCGCGUAAUAGCAACAGCCACGGCAGUUCAGCCUUUUCUCCGUUUCCCCCUUGAGCAGUGAGAGUGGCGGCAGCAGCAGAACGCCCCUUUGCUAGCGCCAAGUGGUGAGGGCGCGCGGGUGUGGGAGAGGAGAAGGGGCUGUUAGGCGAAGGCACUAGCUGGUAGCAGCAGUCCCCGUGGAAACUUGUUUUCUGGGCUCGUUAAACUUGCCGACCUCCCGGAGCCGCGGUGGGUUUGGCUUCGCCUCUACAGGGUCAGGGUGGGCAUUAGGUAGCAGGACGCUGAGAUUGGCUCCUCCGUUCCGUGCCCAUAGCAAGAAGCCGCCACCGCCGCCGCCGAGGGCUUCUAGGCACCGUGAGAAAGCAAAGCUCUUUGCUUUGAGGCGCCCAGCGAGGUCCGUGCCAGGUGCCCUCAGGCGGACUAAGAGGCUUGGCCAGUGGGUAGGUGGCUCUUGCCUGCCUUUCUCUUGAGAGGAGACGCUGUUUCUGGCUAUGCUCUGGCGCGCUGCUCUUCAUUGAAUUGUUGAGGCGGCGCUUCCAGGAUUCCUGUGCAGGGAACCCAGAAAGUAGCCUGUUAGUACCCGCAGUCGUUAAACUGGGCUUGCGAGUUGGUGGCCGCCGCAUCUGCUUAAGUCGCCCACCUCCCCGCCGCCAUGAACAUCAUUCUGGAAUUCUUCGUCGUCACCUUCAAAGUCCUCUGGGCAUUCGUGGUGGCCGCCGCCAAAUGGCUCAUGCGCCCCAAGGAGAAGAGCGUGGCGGGGCAGGUGUGCCUGAUCACCGGGGCUGGCAGUGGGCUGGGCCGGCUCUUCGCGCUGGAGUUCGCCCGCCGCCGAGCGCGCUUGGUGCUGUGGGACAUCAACACUCAGAGCAACGAAGAGACGGCGGACAUGGUGCGGCACAUCUAUCGGGAGGUCUCCGAGGAAGCCGUGGUCGCUGCUCAGAAAGCAGCUGGGCAUGGUGAAGAAGUACUACCUCACUACAACUUGCAAGUUCACACAUAUACUUGUGACGUGAGCAAAAGAGAGAAUGUAUACACAACUGCUGAGAGAGUCUGCAAGGAGGUUGGUGAAGUCUCGGUCCUGGUUAACAAUGCUGGCGUGGUUUCUGGGCACCAUCUUCUGGAAUGUCCUGAUGAGCUUAUUGAGAGGACCAUGAUGGUUAACUGCCAUGCACAUUUCUGGACCACUAAAGCGUUCCUUCCCAAAAUGCUGGAAUUGAAUCAUGGACACAUUGUUACUGUUGCAAGUUCCCUCGGCCUAUUUAGUACUGCUGGAGUAGAGGACUAUUGUGCCAGUAAAUUUGGAGCUGUGGGUUUUCAUGAAUCUCUGAGCCAUGAACUAAAGGCAGCUGAAAAAGAUGGCAUUAAAACAACGUUGGUCUGUCCUUACCUUGUAGACACAGGAAUGUUCAGAGGCUGCAGAAUUAGAAAAGAAAUUGAGCCAUUCCUUCCACCUUUGAAACCAGAUUAUUGUGUAAAGCAAGCUAUGAGAGCUAUACUUACAGACCAGCCUAUGAUUUGCACACCUCGCCUGAUGUAUAUGGUCACCUUCAUGAAAAGCAUCCUGCCUUUUGAAGCAGUUGUGUGCAUGUACCGGUUUUUGGGAGCAGACAAGUGCAUGUACCCUUUCAUUGCUCAACGAAAACAAGCUACAAAUAACAAUGAAGCAAAAAAUGGAAUUUAACGUUUUUCAAAGGACUUUAUUUGUAGCUGAAUUAUGGUUAAAACUGAAUGACUGAAUUGUGAAGUGCACUUGCAUUUAGCAAAUGCAAUUGUUAACAUUGUACUGUGGCAUUCUCUUGGAUCCUGUACCUGUAUAGUGAACAGAAAAAAAAUCAAUUUUUUUUCAUACUGUAUAUAAAGUUAUUAGAGUUCUUUGAAACUAUGACAGGCAAAACAAAUGUAUAAAAUGUAGUGGUCACCCUUGCCCUUUUGGAAUUUACUAAAUGUACAGUAACAUAUGCUACUCUUUUUUCCUUUUUUUUGUAGAGAUAAACUAUGUAAGGGUUUGUGUUUUUUCUGAGACAGUCAUUCAACUAGAAGAUGCAUUGUGUCUGAACUUCUUAAUUUUCUUGUGAUAUUUUCUGUGUAAUCGUUUUAUACAAAUGUGACAUAACAGGACUGUGUUUGAAGGGUUCUCCAAGCCUAUGUGGAACAGAUAAUUUUUAAUGAAAUUCUCCUGUGUAACAACUGCAUAUAUUUCCUAAUUCACCAGGAAAGUACAUAUCUUUUAUGGAGUUUUCAGAAUGAAGCUAUACAGGACACUUCUUGCUUAUACCCCCCUAGCCCUUUUAAAGCCAACAGUUUUAAAAAGCUGACAUUUGUGUUUGAAUGGCAAAGAUGUAUCUAAAUUAUAACUACAUAGUCUUUCUACAUUAUAUGAUAAAAAUUCUUCCCCCCCCCAUCGCCCUUCAUUACUGUAAGAAUCAAAACUCAAUUUGUUAAGAGAAGAAAAAAUGUAAGUCUUUGUUCUCAUGCCAAGAUAUCUCAGAGAUAAAUUAAUGCUGAAUGCAACUUGAACAUUGUCGCAUGGAAAGGGUGAAAACGUUUUUUUUACACACAGCAAAGGUAUCUGCAUUGUAGAACAGAAAAGAAAAUUCUUACUUUUUGUUGUAAGAACAAUUUUGUGCCUUGAAUUUGGUAAUUUGUAUUAGUAGAAUAUUGUAAUGGUGAACUUCUACCUCUAUAUCUAAAUGUAUACCAUCCACUUGUAAAUUUACUAUAAAAAUGAAUCCUGUGGUGACUUUUUUUAGAAUGUCAUGUUAAAUAGCGACCAACUUUUGUGGUUAUUAA